GUCUGUGAGACUCUGCUCUCUAUGAUGGCACAUUACCCACAAACUCUAACAAGAAGACAAACAGAGCCCACCUAACAAACAGCACAGGAAAGGAGGAGAAAAAUCGCUUCAUAAUCACUCCUUUUUCUUUUUUAAUUUUUUCUUCCAUUCAUUCCUCUGCAUUCAAAUCUGGGAAUGGAACAAAAAGAUUGAUUAAACUAAAGUUUAUUAAAGUUUAUGCUUUUCUCUCUUUCAACUCAAUUUCAGUCCCACUCCAUUCCCUUUCAUUUUUCUGUUCUAAAAGCCUUAAAUCACCUUCUAUUUUGUUUCUUCUUCCAUUCAUUUCCCUUUGUUUACCAUUUCUUUCUUCUCCUCCAGUUUCAUUGUUACAUUCUAAUCCUUGUUUAAUAAUCAUGCCUGUUGUUACACACACUUCCACAGUUGGUGAACACAUGAAAUUGAGAAGACCCAAAAGCAUUUUGAACCAUUUGAACCAACCCAUUUCAGAAUCAGAUCCAAACCCAUCAUCAAUCCCUUCUAUAAUUCAAUCCACUCGCUGCAAAUCCACCAUUUCUUCUCUUCUGCUCUCUACUUUUUCCAAUAAUACAACUAGCGGUGGAAAUGAAGCUUUACCUUCUUCCAUUAUCACCAAUAGGAAGAAGAACAACUUCUCUUCUGCUACUCUCAGGGGACUCGGUUGCACCACCGCCGCUUCUCAGCAAGUUUCUGUCCCGGCUGUAAUUCGAACUUCAGCGGAUUGGGAAAGGAAGAAGACGAGGAAAAAAAAGCAGAAGAACUCCAAGAACAAAACCCAACAAGGAAUUGUUGAUGCCUCUCAUUUUCAACCUAAUUCGAACAUCAACUCUGCUAGCUGUUUAGACGCUCAAGAUGUUUGGUGUGGCCCUGGAAUUGGAUUCUCUGCAGAUGCGGCUGCUUCUGUGGAUUGUGUUGUUGCUAGAAGACAUGCUUCUGGAAGGGGAAAAAUCGAUUUGGAGAAGAUAACUCAGAGGGAGCGUUCUUGUUUAGGAAGGCGAACAGUGAACCCCGAGACCCUUUUAUUUUUAGAUUCUGAUUCUGAUCUUCCAACUGCUCGAUCAUUGGAACUGUCUAGGAGUCGAUAUUAUCGCCAUGUUCGUCAUCCAUCCCCUGAUGGCCUUGCUGAGCAGAUUAUGAUGUUCCAGAGCAGUUUGCUGAUGGGUGGAAGGUUCGAUCUACACGACCAAUUUAGGGAAUUACGACUUGACGUCGAUAACAUGUCCUAUGAGGAGCUGCUUGAACUCGGUGAACGGAUCGGCCAUGUCAGUACAGGACUGAAAGAAGAUGAGAUAGUACGAUGUAUUAGAAAAAUGAAGCCCCUUGUUGUGAAUGAGCUAGCAACUCAUUUAUUAUCACAAAUGGAUAGGAAGUGCAGCAUCUGUCAGGAGGACUAUGAACCAGAUGAUGAAAUGGGUAAGCUGGAAUGUGGGCACAGCUACCAUAUACACUGUAUAAAACAGUGGCUUUCACAGAAGAAUACAUGCCCAGUCUGUAAGACAGCAGCGGUGGGCCGAGGUUGAACGGUUAGUCCAUCAUGUCUAGCACUUCUUCGACUCUGCCUGCUUGCUUUCUCCACUAUGUGGUGUAUAGAUUUCAUUGCCUUUUUACAUGAGCAAAAGCAUUCGUUCAUUCGUGUGAAGCUUCCCUAUCUGCUUAUAAUAGAUAUGAUGGGCGCCAUUCUCUUUUUCCUCUGUCCUCUAGAGAUUUCAUGUUAUGGUGAUUUUGGAUUGACUUGAUUGCAUAGCUUUAAGACCUCAAGGUACUAUGCCUUUCUUGUGUCCUUCCCGACAAAUUUCGUCGGGCACACAAAAAAAAAAAAAAAAAGGGAAAAAAAGAAACAAAGAAACAAAGCUCUUAUUCAACUUAUGAGCAAGUAAAAUGUUGUAAUCUGCUUUCAUUAUGGCGCAGCUUUGCCUGCCUCUCGUGAUUGAAUUAAUGGUUGAAAUCAAAUGAUAAUUUGCAAAAA